CUAGAUUAUACAUGUAUCUCUUUUCCAUUUUUAAAGAUUGUCCUCUAGUAGCUGCAAUUCAAGUUGGAGAAGACAAUUCAAUGGAAAUUAAUUGUGGAUCGUCGUUCAGGGGGCCAGUAACUUUUGAUAUAAAAGGAAAGAACAAUAAGGUCAUACUGUGUCACUUACUAGACGAACGCAAAGUAUUUGAAUGUACUUCGUCAGGAUAUUUGAAAGUUGUUCUUCGAUCAGACGAUCCUGCAUUUCAAGACUUGGCAGAAAGUGCAAGUAACUUGAAGAUUGAGGAAAUCAACAAAGAUCCUGUUAUAAAAGACAACAACAUAACCAUAAUAGAAAUCAAGCCAGGGAAUCUAGUGAUGAUGUUUUUCAUCGAAAACAAUUAUACACUGGAGAAGAACAUUGAAUGGAUAUUUCAGUGUAUAUUUGGAAGACACGAAAUAACACAAAUAUUAGAAAAUCAAGGUGUCGAUGAAGUGAGAGUUCAUGGGUAUAUCUACAAUCUCAAAGAGUAUUGUCUUGAAUUUAGUAGACAAGUCCGUGCGUUACAGACCGAAGAAGCAGAUAAAUUGUACAAAGCAGCAAAAUUCCAUUCCCAUUCUCAUCUGACGUGGCGUUUUGGGGAAUCUACAUGUGAUGUUGACGUUCUUCUGACGGAUUUAUUUCAUAACCUAUCCAUUUACGGUUUAACAACUGAAGUAAACGAGAAUAUAUGGGUUAUGGCAAAAGGUAAUAUCAUCCAUCCAAAGGAAACAGCAUUUUCUUCAUUUGCAAGUAUGCUCACAGAAACUGUUGAUGAAAAAGAAAGAGAGAUUAAUGUUCAGCUUGCAAAAUUGGGUCACUAUGAAAUGCAAGGCAUUCAAGAUGCAGGGAACUCCAUUCACUUUAUUUUAAAAACUAAAACUGGCGUAAAAUAUACCGAGUUAGUGGCGGAAGACGGGGUUAUUUUGACUGUAAUGAAACGUUUAUUGUUGUUUACUUAUCUAAAAUCAGAAGUUAACCUUAUGAGAAUUGGAAUCGUUAUUGACACAAAACUUAUGCAGAACCAGCAGAAUCAGAAAGAGACUUGUGAAGGCAAGAUGGAAGUAGCAAUAGACAUUGGCAACAUUUUUUCUGGCUACGCUUUUGCCACACAUGAUCAACUAAAACAAGAGCCAGUUGAAAUACAAUUUUCUACCUGGGAUGGUCUAAGUAGGGAAUUUAUUUCAUAUAAGACGCCAAGCAACAUUCUGUUAGACGAGGAUAGAAAUUUUGUUGCAUUUGGAUUUGAUGCAGAGAAAAGGUAUUGUGAUCUUGCAGAGGAUGGACAGCACUUGAAUUUUUACUACUUUUGCAGAUUUAAGAUGCUGUUCAACGACAUUGCCAAAGAAAAGGUAUUCUAA